GAUGCUCACAUAUAUUCUGAGCUUCCUGCCUCUGUCAGAUCAGAAAGAGGCCUCCCUUGUGAGUCGGGCUUGGUACUGUGCAGCCCAGAAUGCCCUUCGAGAGACAAACGUGCGGUACAACAUCCCCGUGUCUUCUGCCUCCCUUUCGGCCAUCAAGAGCCUGGGCCUCAGGGGCAUCUCCUGCAUCAGCCUGACCAACCUGGAUGGCUCACCCACUUCACACCAGGUGCUGCAGUCUGUUGCCUACCACCUGGGCCCACACCUGCAGAGCUUGUGCCUGGGUGGGGGCAGCCCCACAGAGGCUUCUUUUGUGGCCCUGAUCCUGGGCUGCCCGGCCCUGCGUGUCCUUGACCUCAGCAGCUGCAACAGCCUCUUCACAUCGGGCACGCUGCUGUCUCAGCCCUAGACGGCCCAGGGCAUCCGGCAGGCACUGAGUGGCCUCCGUGAGCUCAACCUGGCUGGCCUGCGGGACCUCGCUGACCUCAGCUUCAACCAGCUCAGCAGCUGUGCCCCCAGCCUGGAGCGUCUCUCCUUGGCCUACUGCCACCUCACCUUCGAGCUGGGCCCGGCCCGGGGCUCCAUCAGCCUCCGGGACUCUUCCCCAUCCCAAUUCUCCUUCCGAAACCUACUGCGAUUCGUGAAGGAGAGGGCUGGCAGGCUGCACGCCCUGGACUUGAGUGGCACCGGCUUGCCACCCGAGGCCCUGCAGGCCCUGGGCCAGGUGGCCGGGCUGCAGCUACAGGAGCUGAGCCUGCACAGCUGCCGGGACCUCUCCACGGAGGCCGUGGUCACCCUGUGCCGCCAGCAACCAGGCCUUACCUCCCUGGACCUCAGCGGCUGUUCGGAACUGACUGAUGGGGCUCUCUUGGCCGUGAGCCGGGGCCUGCGACACCUGCGGUGCCUGAGCCUGGGGAAGCUGCAGCGGCUGACAGACGCGGGAUGCACAGCCCUGGGGGGCCUGUGGGAGUUGCAGAGCCUCAACAUGGCUGGGUGCUGCCUGGUGAGCGGGCGGGAACUGGCCCAGGCCCUGGGCUCGGUGCGUGGAGCUCCGCUCCGCCUGGAGUCCCUCAGCCUGGCCUUCUGCUCUUCACUGAAGGAUGCCUCAGUGCUCUCCGUGAUCCUGGCGCUGGGCCCGAGCCUCAGGGUGCUAGACCUGUCCUCCUGUGUGACUCUCACCAAUGGCACCGUGCAGGCCAUCUGCACUUACCUCACCCACCUCUCGGUCCUGCGCCUGGCUUGGUGCAAGGAGCUCCAUGACUGGGGGCUUCUGGGGCUGGAGGAACCAAGUGAGGAACAUGCACAGAGGCCCCAGCCAUGCCCUGAGCUGGAGCAUCAGGCCUCAGGCCCCAAGGACCCCUCUCCUGAGCCACAGGGCCCCUCCCUGCUCACGCUGCAGGCCCUGCAGGAGUUGGACCUCACAGCCUGCAGCAAGCUGACUGAUGCCAGUUUGGCCAAGGUGCUCCAGUUCCCCCAGCUGAGGCAGUUGUCACUGAGCCUGUUGCCAGCACUCACAGACACGGGCUUGGUGGCUGUGGCCAGGGGCUGUCCCAGCCUGGAGCUCUUGGCACUGAGUCAUUGCAGCUGCCUCAGUGAUGAGGGCUGGGCCCAGGCAGCCAGCUCCUGGCCAAGGCUGCAGCACCUCAACCUGUCCAGCUGCAGUCAGCUCACAGACCAAACGCUGGACACCAUUGGGCAGGCGUGCAAGCAGCUCCGGGUGUUGGAUGUGGCCAUGUGUUCUGGUAUCAACGUGGCUGCCGUCAGGCGCCUCCAAGCCCAGCUGCCCCAGGUGACCUGCGUCCAGUCCCGCUUCGUGGGAGGAGCGGACCUGACCCUAACGCUCUAAGGCCAGCCAGGCUGCAGCCUCUUUCCAGCUACAUGUUG